AUGUCUCAAAUAAGUGGUGCGCUGUCGCGCAUGCAUGGCCUGCAUCUCGUGGGUGUGUUCUUCCUGGACUAUCUCUUCAGCUCCGCCUUCAGCCAUGAUUUGCUGCAGACGCUGGUGAAUAUCACCUUGGAGUACAUCUCCAGCCACCACCUCAUACAUUCGUUCACCUCCCUUAGUGCGCUAUUGCAGCAGCUGGUGUGCCGUGUGGGGGAGUGUGUCGUACUGGCAGCGCUACUGAAGAGCCGCGUGGGGGUGUUUCAGGACGCAGUGAUGCUUCACCUACUGUUUCCGCAGGUGCAACGGUACCACUUCAACCGUUUUUGGCUGACGCGCCUUGUCCACAGGGUUGGUGGAUUCCUCUUCCCAAGAGUACUGCGGCAUUUCACGUCGGAGUCGGUGCCCGGUGUGGUGCCGCUUGAGUCGGUGAAGAAGGAUUGCACGGCAACCGCUCGCCUCUACAGAGAGUGCUACGAGAAUAGUGUGCCGUACGCGGUGAUGGUCAACGGGAUGGUUUGGGAGCUCGCGCAUGCGCUUGUCACCCAGUCCAUGCUGGCGGUGGCGUUCUUCCGCGACCGCGGGAAGCGCACGUCACGCUGGCGCCUCCUGAAGCCGUACCUCUGCAACGUCUCGGAGAGCGUUGCGCAGAUACCGCUCGUCUACACUGCGCGUGUGGCAGGGGCAUGGGUUGGACGGUAUAUCUCGCGCGACCCGACGAGCAGCACGCUUUUUUGGUGUGAGCGACUUGCCCUCCUCGCGGCGACGCCGUUCAUUCACCGCUCUGGCAGCGCCGUUGCGGUGUGGCUCCGCGAGCGGCUGGAGUUACUGCACCCCGCCACCGUUGAGGACGAGCGUGAGGAUCUGCGUGAGCAGGAGGCGGAGGCGGAGGCGGAGGCGGAGGCGGAGGAGUCGCAGGGCUGGAACAGCUACUUCGGUGCCGCCGGACAGGCCGGGGCGCCGCCCACCGUUGAUUACUACACAGUGCUGGGAACGCACCCGAGCGCGAGCAGUGCGGAGAUCAAACGGGCGUACCGCAAGGCUGCGCUGCAGAAUCACCCCGACCGCGCCCCGCACGACCCCGACGCACAGAAGGAGGCGUGGGAGAAGAUGACGGCGAUCAAUGAGGCCUACGAGACGUUGGUCUCGGAUACGCGGCGGAGGAGGUAUGACAUGAGCCGUCUCGUCGGCGAUGCGCCGCCGCGUAUGCAGCACUUCACGCGCACGUCUCUCACCGCAACGGUGGGCUUGGGGGCGGUGAGUAUUGUUGGGAUAAGUGCCAUGGGAUCUGUGAUACUUUACACCGAGUACAUCACAGCUUUUUACAACUUGACCGGCCCUGGUAGGCUGCCCCUCCGAUUCCUUCAUCUCUUGUAG